AUGGCUGAUAAUGGAAGAGUUUAUCCGGAGUGUGUUUAUGCUGGCAAUCCCUAUCAUCAAUGUGGAGUAUCUUGCCUGCAGAAGAUCGCUCAGGGAAUAACUCGAAAGUCUAUGAGCAAGAAGAAGUUAGUUAGUCCAAGAAGUGUCAAACAAGUUCGGCAUAUCAUAAAGCCUGAUGGAGAAAAAAGAGUUGCAAAUCCAAAUUGUCCAAAAGCUACCUAUCCUUACCAUGAAUGUGGCAAAUAUUGUACUCAUAAUCCUGCUGAUGCAAACUUUCUCGACACUGAUAAAGAUGAAGGGUCCUUCCUUCUUGGUGCCAGGAUGUAA